ACGGAGGGUCUCCCGCCCGUGGCGGGGCUGCGUCUUCUGCGGCGGGUGCGGGAGGCUGCGGCGGCCGGGGCCGGGGUCCGGGCCGGGAGGCUGAGGCUGGCGCGGCGGGCGCUGGGGGCGCUGCCCCCGAGGCGAUGAUGGGCAAGGAGGAGGAGAUUGCGCGGAUCGCCCGGAGGCUGGACAAGAUGGUGACCAAGAAGAGCGCGGAGGGAGCCGUGGACCUGCUGCGAGAGCUGAAGGCCAUGCCUGUCACGCUGCCUCUGCUGCAGUCCACCCGCGUCGGCAUGUCCGUCAACGCCCUGAGGAAGCAGAGCUCGGACGAGGAGGUCGUCUCGCUGGCCAAGUCUCUCAUCAAGUCCUGGAAGAAGCUCCUGGAUGCUUCAGACGCCAAAGCCAGGGAGCGGAGGAGGGGCGGGCCUCUGCCCACAUCGUCCUCCAAGGAGGCCUCCGAGGCCCAGGACCCCAGCCGCAAGAGGCCAGAGCUGCCCAGGAUGCCGUCCACGCCGAGGAUCACCACGUUUCCCCCAGUGCCCGUCACCUGCGACGCCGUCCGCAACAAGUGUCGCGAGAUGCUGACUGCCGCCCUGCAGACGGACCAUGACCACGUGGCUGUCGGUGCAGAUUGCGAGCGUUUGUCUGCCCAGAUCGAGGAAUGUAUCUUCCGGGAUGUGGGGAACACGGACAUGAAAUACAAGAACCGUGUGCGGAGCCGCCUCUCCAACCUCAAGGACGCCAAGAACCCCAGCCUGCGGCGCAAUGUGCUGUGCGGCGCCAUCACGCCGCAGCAGAUAGCCGUGAUGACCUCGGAGGAGAUGGCCAGCGAUGAGCUGAAGGAGAUCCGCAAGGCCAUGACCAAGGAGGCCAUCCGCGAGCACCAGAUGGCCCGCACGGGCGGCACGCAGACCGACCUGUUCACCUGCAGCAAGUGCAGGAAGAAGAACUGCACCUACACGCAGGUGCAGACCCGCAGCUCCGAUGAGCCUAUGACCACCUUCGUUGUCUGCAACGAGUGUGGAAACCGCUGGAAGUUCUGCUGAGCCCUCGUGCACGUGAGCCUGCAGCCUUGGGCCGUGGCCAGGGCUGGCCGUCGCCCUGUCCCCAUCCUCCGCCAACAGAUACAGCUUCUCUGGAGACCUGCCCUGUGCCCACCUGGCCUUCCUCAGAAGGCAGCGCACCUUGCUCCCCGCCUGCAGUGCACCUUUCUCCCUCUUCCCCCCAAUUAUUAAAUGUUUCUUUUUGCCA